CGCUCUCUCAAUGCCCAUUCUGUGCGGGUUCCUGAUUCUCUGUGGGUUCUUUCCUGCUGAGGACAAUUCUCUUCCUGUCCCAGCCUGCAACUGGGGGGCUGAGCCCAGGGCUCUAACGGUUUGGACCCCAGCCUCAUGGGUGGAAUGUACCAGCCACCCUCAGGCUAGACGAGGGGACGCAGGGUCAGGGUGGGCAUUUGUUGUGCCCCUUUUCAACCUUUGUAGGCCAGAGCUGGGUGAGGGGCUGGACAAUGAGCCUCCUCUUCCUUGAAAGAAGGAAUCUUGGUGGAGACAAUAAGGCCCUGUCUGCUCUGGCAUGGGGGGCGGUGGCUGACUCAAUUCUGCCCCCUCUCCGCCCCCCAGGCCCUAAUAAAUGUCAUCAAGAAAUGGGGGCAAUUUUUCCCUCAGUGCCCUGGGCAGCCUCCCCAACCUCCCCCACCUUUGUGGUAUCUCGCCCUUCUUUCUUUCCUCCGCUGAUCUUGCCUUUUCUCCCAUGACCUAACCCCACUUUCUUCUCUGCCAGCUCUGCCUUUCCCUGCCCCUCAGUUCUUCCCGUCUGUGUUGGGUUGAAGGGCGGAGGGCAAAGGCCAGGUGUUUAAAGCCAGUAGCCUCUGUUGACUUGGGGGAGUUCCAAAUAAGGGGCCUCAUGGUUAAGAAGAAACUUCUAGGGGGCUCUUUACUUGGCUGCAGGGGGUGGGGGUGAAGGUCAGUGGGGAUUUAGACCCCACUGAAUUGACCAAGCUCCAGCUAUGGGAGGAGGCUUAUGGGAGGGGGCAGGGAUGGGAGGGCUCUGUCUGGCCCAGCCCCUCCUCCCCUUUGCAGCCCGCCCACCAGUCUGAGUGGCUGCUGCUGAGGCUGGUCGACCUGAAGUCUCCCGGAGAAAGGCAAAGACAGGGCACCAGCAGACUGUUCUUGGGAGUGCUGGAGCUGGAGAAGUUACUAGCAGAGGGGAAGGGCCUCCAUUAACCUCUUGCCUGCAGCUGGCAGUCUGAAGUCAAGGAGAAUCAUGGGGUCCAGGGCUGAGCCGUGCACUGUCUUAGGCGGACUCUGGUUCCUCCUGCUACUGAUGACAGGCGAGGGGGCCAAGGGUGGAGCCCUCAAAGAGAGUCAGGGGGUCUGCUCCAAGCAGACCCUGGUGGUCCCACUCCGUUACAAUGAGUCCUACAGCCAACCUGUAUAUAAGCCCUAUCUGACCCUGUGCUCUGGAAGGCGUGUCUGCAGCACCUACAGGACCACGUACCGCGUGGCCUGGAGGGAGGUGCGGAAGGAGGUGCGGCAGACCCACGCCGUGUGCUGCCAGGGCUGGAAGAAGCGGCAUCCUGGGGCACUCACCUGUGACGAAGCCAUCUGCGCCAAGCCCUGCCAGAACGGAGGCGUCUGCGUUGGGCCGGACCACUGCGAGUGCGCCCCGGGCUGGGGUGGGAAGCACUGUCACGUGGAUGUGGAUGAAUGCAGAACCGGCGUCACUCUCUGCUCGCAUCGCUGCCUCAAUACGGCAGGCAGUUUCACCUGUGGCUGUCCGCACGGCCUGGUUCUGGGCCUGGAUGGGCGCACUUGCGCGGAGGGGGCCCCAGAGCCCCCGACCAGUGCCAGCAUCCUCAACGUGGCCGUUCGUGAGGCUGGACCUGAUGAGCGUGCCCUGAGGCGGGAGAUUCGCGAGCUGCGAGGGCGCCUGGAGAGGCUGGAGCAGGUGAGUGGAGAUGCCGGAGGCCACACUUGCAGAGCUGACAGGCCCCCUCCCCGCCCCGCUGAGGUAUCUCUUCCUUUCCAGUGGGCCGGUCAGGCUGGGGCCUGGGUCCGAGCAGUGCUGCCGGUGCCCCCGGAAGAGCUGCAGCCCGAGCAGGUGGCGGAGCUGUGGGGCCGGGGCGAUAGGAUCGAGUCUCUCAGUGACCAGGUGCUGCUGCUGGAGGAGAGACUGGGCACCUGUGAGUCCCCAUGGCCCUCUCGGUGGGGACCCCCAUCUCCCCACCACUGCCCCCAGCUCCUCAAGACACCUUUCCCCAACUCUUGUUUUCUCUUAUCCAAAAUCCUUCCUCUGCACCCACUCACCUCAUACCUUCCCAGAUUUCUGCACGUCACCACCCCCUCUUUGGGUACCCCGUUCUCCAGCUCAGUGGCGGUUCCACUUAUUGUUGAGAGAGGCUGUCAAUCUGUACAGCGUCCAGGGCCCGCUCUAGGCAUCCCAGAAGUACACAGUCGAUGUGUCUGCCUGUCUCCUUGUCAUUAACCAGGCUCCUGUGAGGACAACAGCCUGGGCCCAGGCCUCAAAGGGCGAAGAUAAGGAGCCUCUGCAGAGCCCCUGCCCUCUAAUUUAUACAGAAACUGGACUCACUAAUCCUCUGGGAUUGGCUGGCUAGGGAGCUGCAGAUAAGGCUCUUUGCCGCUGAGGAGCCAUGGACAACGGAAGCCAGGCGAAGCUAAAGAAUGGAG